AUGCGAGUAGCCCCGCCGCUUCUCCACAGCCGCCCUCUCCUCGCCGUGCGCGGCUCUGCGCCGGCGCACGCCGCGGUCAUGCUCUCUCCGGCGGCCGUGCCGUUUGACGCGCCGACCGACUGGUUUGUCUACGGCCACCUGCACUUCAUCCUCGCUCUGCCGACGCUGACGCUGCUCUCGCUCUCGCCGCCGCUGCAGCGCGCCGCGCCGGUGCAGAAGCAGGCCGCGUACGCCUUUAUCGCCUUCAUCGUCGUGGUCGGCGUCGUGCAAAGUUUCAUUUGGGACAGCUACGGCGCCUCGCUCGGGAUCUGGGAGUUCAACCCGGCAAAGUGCACGCUGAGGGAGUCGAUCCCGCUGCCGGUCGAGGAGGCGCCGCCAGCCACCCUCGCCCCUCCGCGCUGUGGCCGCGUGAGCCCUGCCUCCGCCGCAGGCGGCUGGGCGCUGGCGCUCUCGCCCGACGACAGCGUCAAGUGCCUCGGCCUCGUCGCCCUCGCCUUUUCUCCCGUCUGGCUGGUCAUCUGGUCGAUCGGCUCCUCUUUCGUGCUGCGCCACGCCGACCGCAUCACGUGGGGCUGGUUCGCGCCCGGCGUGACCACGGUGCUGAUCGACUGCCUCGGCCAGCAGCAGGGCGUGUGGCGCUUCCCGCCCGCUUUCCUCUCGGGCAUCGGCAGCGGCUACCUCAAGCUGGACAUCUUCCUCGUGUACAUGGUGAGCACCUUCGCCGUCACAGGCACCGGCGCCGUCAUCCUCGCCGCGGCGGAGGAGCUGCUCGCCCGCCGCAGCGCCCUCGGCGAGCCGCCGCCCGAGUCGCUGCUCGAGGUCGCCUCCUACAUCUGGUCGAGCUGCCGCGCGAGCAGCCUCUCCGUCGGAGGCGAGGCCGAGGCGCUGAGCUACGAGGGGAGCGAGGUCGCCGCGGCAGCAGCCUCGGGGUGAUUGCUAGUAUCGUGUACCGACCCGCAGUCUGCCACGCGUAUUCCGUGUAUUCGGAAUCCUAUUCGGUACUUUGCAUGCGCGCGGCGGCCCGAAAACAAAUCUCUCAUCUUGUAAGUCGACUCGCGUACGUGUGGAGUCGAGCGCGUGGUGCGCAUAAUCAAACGCGCGUACAGGGGGCUUCACCUCAGCCUGAGCCUCAG